CUGCGUCACACGGUGGUGGCGAUGGUGCGUUUGUGUGGGGGCGGGGGAUACGCUGGGCGCGUCCCUGGGGUCACGUGGUGCGCAGCACGCAGAGGCCUUCUGUCGGUUGGUCCUGGAGCGGCGCAGACCGAGAGGGACUGUGAGGAGAAUAAAGGCAGCCCCGCUGAUGACUGAAAAAUGACAAAGCAUCCACCUAACAGACGAGGAAUCAGCUUUGAAGUGGGAGCCCAGUUGGAAGCCCGGGACCGAUUAAAAAACUGGUAUCCAGCUCACAUAGAAGACAUUGACUACAAAGAAGGAAAAGUGCUCAUCCAUUUCAAGCGUUGGAACCAUCGUUAUGAUGAGUGGUUUUGCUGGGACAGUCCUUAUUUACGACCUUUAGAGAAAAUACAGUUGAGAAAAGAGGGCUUACAGGAAGAAGAGGGCUCUUCUGAAUUUCAAAUAAAUGAGCAGGUCCUAGCGUGCUGGUCUGAUUGUCGUUUUUACCCAGCCAAAGUCACUGCUGUUAAUAAGGAUGGUACUUACACUGUGAAAUUUUACGAUGGAGUAGUUCAGACUGUCAAACAUAUUCAUGUCAAAGCUUUUUCCAAAGAUCAGAGUAUUGGGAGUACUGCUAGGCCUAAAGAAACAGAUCAGAAACGUCUUUCAUCAUCUUCUGAUAAACGAGAAAAAUUUAAAGACCAGAGAAAAGCAACUGUCAAUGUAAAGAAAGACAAAGAGGAUAAAGCCUUUAAGACAGAAAAGAGAACCAAACAACCAGAUAAAGAAGGAAAAUUACUCUGUUCUGAAAAGGGAAAGGUUUCAGAGAAAAGCCUUCCAAAGAACGAGAAGGAAGAUAAAGAGAACAUUUCAGAAAAUGAGCGAGAAUAUUCUGGAGAUUCUCAAGUGGAUAAGAAACCUGAAAACGACUUUGUAAAGAGUUCAGAAGAAAACCUGAGGGAGCCAAAAAGAAAACGAGGCAGACCCCCUUCUGUUGCUCCUACUGCUGUGGAUUCAAAUCCUCAAACUUUACAACCUAUUACAUUGGAAUUGAGAAGACGGAAAAUAUCAAAAGGAAGUGAAGUCCCAUUAAAACGUCCUCGCCUUGACAAAAAUUCAUGCCAAGAGAAGUCAAAAAAGUAUUCAGCCAACAGUGACAAAGACUUAUCAAGAAGACGGUCCUCUAGGCUAUCCUCUAAUGGGACCCAAGAGGUCCUAGAUCCUGACUUGUCUGUAACCAGUUUGGCUGAUAAAAUAAAUGUUGAUCCUUUGCAACACACACCAGCCAGUACCAGGGAAUUUGAAGAAGGUCAGUUGAAAUCUGUUCCAGAAGCUGGCCAGGUCACAUCGACAUUAACUUGCCACUCCCUUGGGGAUGGAUUGGAAGCUGCAGGCUUAGAGAUGAACUGCAAGUCAGUGGGAGAAAACAUUAUGAAAACAGAACCAGCCUCUCCCUUUGCUGAGUUACAAGAGAUUUCUACAGUGACAGUUACAAAUAAUUUGAAGAAAGCAGAUGAAUUUGUGACAUCUAAGGCACUAACUGUAGACCUAGAUCACAAAUUUAGGUGCAAAGUUGUGGAUUGUUUGAAAUUUUUCCGCAAAGCAAAACUGUUACACUAUCACAUGAAAUAUUUCCAUGGGAUGGAGAAAUCACUGGAGCCAGAAGAGAGCCCAGCAAAGAGGCAUGUCCAGACAAGGGGCUCUUCAGCUUCAAACAAGGCCAUACAGGAGGGCCUGACCAGGAAACGUGUCUCUGCCAGUUCCCCAACUGCAAAAGACAAGGAAAAAAAUAAAGAGAAGAAAUUUAAAGAGUUUGUACGUGUGAAGGCAAAGAAGAAAAAGAAAAAGAAAAAGAAAACCAAACCUGACUGCCCUGGCAGUGAGGAGAUUAGUGACACUUCCCUGGAACCUUCUCCCCCCAAGACAUUUGCUGUCAGCAGGUGUGGGCCAUCACAUAAAACCGGGGUCCAUAUGAGCCCACAGCUUCAUGGCUCAGAACCUGGAAGCAACAAAGGGAAAGGGAAAGUUGCUGAGGAGGAUAAUUUGAGUGAGUCUUCUUCUGAGAGCUUUCUUUGGAGUGAUGAAGAGUACAGCCAAGACAUCGAUGUGACUACCAACCCAGAUGAAGAGCUCGAUGGAGACGAGCGCUAUGAUUUUGAAGUGGUUCGUUGCAUCUGUGAGGUCCAAGAAGAAAAUGACUUCAUGAUUCAGUGUGAAGAAUGCCAGUGCUGGCAGCAUGGGGUCUGCAUGGGAUUACUGGAAGAAAAUGUGCCCGAGAAAUACACCUGCUAUGUUUGCCAGGACCCUCCAGGAUCCUUGCAAUGGAGAAGACCACUGAAACCAAGUUCAUCUGUAACUGUAGCAGAUGGGAAACAGACGUUCAGAGAAGGGACAGAACCUGACCAUCUAUUUAGUCAGAGACCCAGCUUCAAGUACUGGUACGAUAAGGAGUGGCUUAGCAGGGGACAUAUGAAUGGUUUGGCAUUUUUAGAAGACAAUUACUCCCACCAGAAUGCUAAGAAGAUUGUGGCCACCCACCAGCUUCUUGGUGAUGUUCAGAGAGUGAUUGAAGUUCUGCAUGGUCUGCAGCUCAAGAUGAGCAUCUUGCAGAGCAGAGAACAUCCUGAUCUGCAGCUGUGGUGUCAGCCUUGGAAACAGCACUCAAGGGAGGGAAGAUCUCAUUCCAAACACAUCCAUGUCACUGAAACCAAGUUGAAAGAGGAAAUCCCAAGCUAUAGAACUUUGAAUGGGGCAGUGGAAAAGCCCCUGCCUCUGCCCCUGCCCCGGUCUGUGGAGGAGUCCUAUAUCACCAGUGAGCACUGCUACCAGAAACCCCGCGCCUAUUACCCUGCUGUGGAGCAGAAGUUGGUGGUGGAGACCCGGAGCUCUGCCCUUGAUGACUCUGUCAACCCCCUUCAUGAGAACGGUGAUGAUUCCCUCUCUCCACGCCUUGGAUGGCCUCUAGACCAAGACAGGAGCAGGGGAGACAAUGACUCCAAACCCAGUCCCCCAAAGGUGAAGGAAUAUGUCUCCAAAAAGGUCCUACCAGAAGAAGCCCCUGCUCGGAAGCUGCUGGACAGAAGUGGAGAGGGGCUGCUAAACUCCCAGCACCAGUGGCAGUUUAAUCUGCUGACUCACGUGGAAUCUCUUCAGGAUGAAGUCACACAUAGGAUGGACUCCAUUGAGAAGGAGCUGGAUGUUUUGGAGAGCUGGCUGGACUACACUGGGGAAUUGGAGCCCCCAGAGCCACUGGCUAGACUUCCACAGCUAAAGCAUUGCAUCAAGCAACUGUUGAUGGACCUGGGCAAGGUGCAGCAGAUUGCACUCUGCUGCUCAACAUGAAACUAGGCCUCAAAACCAAUCCUAGGGCAGUUGCAGGAGGAGCGUUUUCAUAUUUAAACAAAAAAGCCUAGCAUGCUGAAUGCACAUGACACCAACUGACUUCAGGGAUCUGGGCAGGGAGUGUGAUGGACAUUGGACAAAGAGGUCAUUUUGGCUGCUGGAGGGCAGGGCACUUUGAUCUUGAAGCCUGUCAAGAAGGUAACAAUUAGACUCCGAAUUUCCUUCUGUGCACAUGAUUGAACGGAGAAUGAGUCUUUUUGCACAAACUUCACUUGAAAAUCGUGCCACUGAUGUUAUAUGGAAUGAGAGCCAAAAAUUUUUAGUUGAAACAGUUGUAAACUCAACUUGCAACUUACUUUACUGACUUUUCUGUCAGGUUGGGGCACAUGCUUAACAUUUUGGUUUCUACCUGGCAUGGGUUUAGGCAGUAGGCAUCAUGUUUGUUUCUUCUGAGACAUGGGAAUGUUGUGACUUCAUUCUAUGGAGGUUGAGAAGGAAUAGAGGCUUUGGAUGCCCUCCCUUCUUCUUAGGACUCUCUUUACUUUUCUUACCACUUUUCUUGCAUGAUGUCAUGGUACGGUGAUGAGUUUUAUAUACUUUCACCCUAGAGUUGGCUGGGUCAUGUCUUUUGUAGCAAAGCCCAUACAGCCUAUGGAAAAACUAGAGUCUUACUGUAAUAAUAAUCUAGGAGGAAUUGAAACUGAAGCAGGUAGGGUCUGGAACCCAAAGGAUAGCAUUUUCUACCCACUUCUUAAUAACAGCUUUCCAGUUUAAUGUCCAAAAAAAAGUGUUUCUCAAGUUUUUGAACUCUUUCACUGUAAAGAUUUGUUACAAAGAAUGUGGUUUGGGGAAUUAUUUUACAUUGUAAACAAACUAGAUUCUACAUGUGCCGCUUUCUCCUUUCCUGAAGGGUAAAUAUACAGUAGUUGACAUUUUCAGAAUUGUUUUAAUAUCCUUUAACAUUAAAAAUUUCUUUAUGUUGUGAGAUCAAGAUGAUUAUGCUGCUUAAGGUCCAGGUACAACAUGUGUGUACCUUUUGAGACGAUAUUUGCUAUUUACAGGUUAUGGUUUAAUGUGUAAUUGCUAUGUUGUUUUUCCUUACCAUGUUUUGAGCAGUGACCCAUUUCACUAUUUAGUUUUCCUAUCACUAAAGGCAAAAAUCAAAGCACAGUUGUCCAUUAACACUCACGAUUUAAUUAUAGGUUUAUGAAUCUGUAAUGUUAAUGCUGCAAAUAUUUACUAUGUAAACGUGAAGUAGCCAAUAUCUCAAUAGCAAUGACAGUAUCUCUGCCAACCUUUGAAAUGGUUAGGCUUUAAGGCACAGGUCACUAGUCAUGAAGGUCUCUGCACCAACAUCUGUUUCAGUGAAUGCUUUGUCUAGAAAUAUAGUCAUCAUUUAAUACAAUAUAAAUUUAGGACAGGCUGACUUGCUGGAGAUAAAAUACAUAUGGCUAUAUUAAAGCUGACACAAUUCCUCUAAAAGAAAGUUACCCAUGGCUAACAUUGGAGUGUCUGGUAAGGGAAGAACUGUUGAAGGAGUGUACAUGGCAUCUGUGUCUUGGAUAGACAGCUGCAUUAAAAGAAUUGUGUGAAAGGGGAAGAAAUAGGAUGAUUUCCUGUAGUCACCGUGAGAUGUAAUGACUGUUGUAUUAUACUCGGUUGUCAGAAAAGUUAUGA